AGACAAGAAUCCUUGUGAGAAUCGAAUAGGGUAUUUUUCUAGUUCAGUUCAGAGUUAGAUUUUUCAGAUAUCUGCUUAUUCCCACUGCCGGCCUUUUCUGCUUUAAAUAUACCAAAUUUGUUUUCCUUCAAAUUAACCUAUAUAAGUUGGGCUCCAACAAUUGGCUAUGGCAUUAGUAUUCAACCAAUUCAACCCCUUAACUUCACAUACAACAUGGAGAAAACCACAAUUACUGUGAUUUUUACUUUAUUCAUAUCAUUAACAACCAUGAAUAUGAUUAAAGCUGAAACAUGUACAUCCAUUGAUAAAUCCCAUGUAAUUCCCACAACCCCUUUAGUUAUUUUUCUUGAAAAAGUUCAAGAAGCUGCUCUUCAAUCCUAUGGACAUAAAGGGUUUGAUCCCAAACUGUAUGUUGAUAUGUCACUGAAACAGAAUCUUUCAAUAACAGUUGAAGCUUUUAAUAAACUUCCAAGAUUUCUGAAUGGUUCAAUUCCAGCACAUGAUUUGGAUGUGUUUAUUGGAAAACAUUUGAAUGGUGCAGAUGAGGAUUUGGCAUAUGUUGAGCCAGUGGAUUAUGUGGCUGAGCCUGAAGGUUUUUUGCCAAAAGUGAAGAAUUCUGAGGUGAGGGCUUGGGCAUUGGAAGUGCAUUCACUUUGGAAGAAUUUAAGUAGGAAAGUUUCUGAUAAAGUAUUGGAAAAACCAGAGUUUUAUACUUUGCUUCCAUUGAAAAAUCCAGUUAUUAUACCAGGAUCACGUUUCAGAGAGGUUUAUUAUUGGGAUUCUUAUUGGGUAAUAAGGGGUUUGUUAGCAAGCAAGAUGUACGAAACUGCAAAAGGGAUUGUGAGUAAUCUGGUUUCUCUGAUAGAUCAAUUUGGUUAUGUUCUUAAUGGUUCAAGAGCAUACUAUAGUAACAGAAGUCAGCCUCCUGUACUGGCUGCGAUGAUUGUUGAAAUAUACAAUCGAACAGGUGAUUUUGAUUUGGUUAAAGGAUCCCUUCCUGCUUUGCUCAAGGAGUAUCACUUUUGGAAUUCAGGAGUACAUAAAGUGACUAUUCAAGAUGCUCAGGGAUCAAAUCACAGCUUGAGUCGGUACUAUGCUAUGUGGAAUAAGCCCCGGCCAGAAUCGUCAACUAUUGACGAGGAAACAGCUUCCAAACUCCCAAAUAUUUUUGAAAAAGGAAAAUUAUACCGUGAUCUUGCCUCAGCUGCUGAAAGUGGGUGGGAUUUUAGUUCUAGAUGGAUGAGGAACCAAUCUGAUCUCACAACAACUAGUACAACAUCAAUUAUACCAGUUGAUUUGAAUGCAUUCCUUCUGAAGAUGGAACUUGACAUAGCCUUUCUAGCAAAUCUUGUUGGAGAAAGUAGCAUCGUUGCACAUUUUACAGAAGCUUCUCAAAAUAGGCAAAAAGCCAUGAACUGUAUUUUAUGGAACACAGAGAUGGGGCAAUGGCUUGAUUACUGGCUUGACAACAGCAACACAUCCGAGGAUAUUUAUAAAUGGGAAGAUUUACACCAGAACAAGAAGUCAUUUGCUUCUAACUUCGUUCCAUUGUGGACUGAAUUACUUAAUUCAGAUGAUAUCACAACUCAAAAAGUUGUUCAAAGUCUCAAGAGCUCGGGCUUGCUUCAACCUGCAGGGAUUGCAAUGACCUUGUCUAAUACUGGACAGCAAUGGGAUUUUCCGAAUGGUUGGCCUCCUCUUCAACACAUGAUCAUUGAAGGUCUCUCAAGGUCCGGACUAGAAGAGGCAAGAGCCUUAGCUGAAGACAUUGCUGUGCGAUGGAUAAGAACGAACUAUGUGGCUUACAAGAAAACCGGUGCCAUGCAUGAAAAAUAUGAUGUCACAAAAUGUGGAGCAUAUGGAGGCGGUGGUGAAUAUGUACCUCAAACGGGUUUUGGAUGGACGAAUGGUGUUGUACUGGCGCUUUUGGAGGAAUUUGGCUGGCCUGAAGACUUGAAGAUUGACUGCUACUGAGCAAGCAGAGUAACCAUAACAAAUACCAUUGAGUUCAUUUUCUUCUUAUUUUUUACCUGUUAAAAUCAGCAGCAGCGGUUUGCCGAUUUUAUUUAUGUUCAUAUUAUUUCAUUAGGUUUUUGUACCAUAUAAAGUGAUCCAAGGGGUGAUGUAAAAAGAAUUAUUACCGUGAUUUGUACUUGUAAACUGCUUAUAAGAUGAUUAUAAGUUAUUCUUAUAGCCCUUUUGUCUU